GCUUAUACUAGUAGGCUAUCUGGGAAAGAGGAACUAUAAUUUGUGUGCAAAUAUGAGUUAUGUGCCAGGAUAGUGUAUUUCAGAGCUGAUCAAUCAUUUAGGCAGUGGCAGUCAAGUACGUAGCUGCCUCAUUGUAUUAUUGAAGUAGUCGUGUGAUCUUGAUGAGACAAAAUACAAGAAUUGGGAGAUCAUAUCACCCUGACCUUAUUUUCUUGUAUCAAUUUUCAUUCUGAAAAAUACCUGUUUCUGCUGACUAACUGUUGAAGCAAUCUUUUCAAAGAUUUGUUGAUAUUAAAACAAAUUCCGUAUAAACAAUGACUUAUUCGGGAGAUACUGAGCUUCUCGAGUGGGAGUUGGAUCAAGCAGAUGACAAUUUUGAAAUGGAUGAAGAGGAGGACUCUUGGGUGCCACCAGAAAGUCGUAACAGAUUUGGAAACGAAUCCGAGUUUCAAUCACCAGAAAAAUUGCGAAGUGCUCCGAAUAACUGGAGAAAAAACAGGGAAUUCCUAAGCCCAGUCGAAGGAGCUCAUGAGGAAGGGAAAAUGGAUGACGAAGAAGAGGAUAUCGGAAACGGAGAUAUUUCUAUCCCAACAUCCGCGCAAACUGAAGUUAAACUUCAAAACUCCAUAGAAGAAGAGAAAAACAAUUUAAGUGGAGGAGAAAACUUCCAAGCUAUGGACUCUUUCGGAGAAGACACAUAUUAUUAUGACGAAGAUUUAACAACCAGAGAAAAUCCAAACACUGAAUUUAGAUCAGAAACGCAAAGCAAUACGGACUUAAUUUUUCGAAGUUCUACUAUGGAAUCCCAAUGGAGAAAUCGGACUUAUGUCAAAUACCUUCGAUACUUUUUAAUGGCUGUAUUAGCACUAGGUGCUGGAUGCUUUUUAGGAUAUUUAAUAGCCAAGGCAACAAACCAGAAUGACAAUAACUCCCAAAAUACAACAACCGCCUCGAUAGUUUAUUCGACCACGACUAAUGAAACUGUCUACAGCUCUACAACACCGAAAACAUAGCAAUUAUUUCUCUGAAAAGUGACAAAGUGCACAGAAACGAGUUAUUGAGAUGUUCUUACACCCUGAGUGUUUGUCGAGCAAGCAGAUGCAGUCGAACGUCUAUCGCGGGUUUUCUAUCUACCUAGCAACUUCAGUUUUGCCUGUACCGAAUACAUCAUGAAAAACUUGAAAAGUGUUAAUACACACCAUGCUUGGGUGACAAUGACGAUACCACAAUGUGACUAAGUUUGGGAUAAAACUAUCGAAGAGAAAAAACAUGAUAAAUGGUGUUUGCUAAAAAGCCAUAGAUAUAUAUAUACAUUAUGGUGAUGGAAAAGUUGGUUAGCUCGACUCAAAACAAAUACAUAUUGUCAUUGAUGGGAUUUAAGUUUUAAAAAUACGUUCUCAUUCGCACCAAACCUACUAACCAAAGAUUCACUUAUUUCACAAAACCUUGCCUAACUUAUAGCUUCAAAAACAACAUCGAGUUCGCAUAUUAUCAUCAGAUUCCGAAAACGGGAAUGAACCGUUGAAUCCUACCACUACAUAUAAGCCUAAUGCACAAAACGUAUAUACAGACGCCGACGUAUUAUAAAUAGUAGAGGCUGAAAUAUUGCUACUUAUUUUUUAGUACGUCAACAAUUUUUAGUACGUCAACAAUUUUCACUAAACCUAAUUGAACGGAAAUGCUUAAAUUGAAUUUUGGUACGUAACAAAACUGUCGGGAAAGAGUCAAUAUAAUGUAUAUCGACAAAAAUAUCCCAGUUACUAUAUUUACAGAAGUCUAAUAGUGAAUCUUAUAGGUCACAUACCUACGACUUUAAAAUUCAAUAAAUAUUUUCUGGGAGUUAUGUUUUG